GCCGAAUCAAUAUCAGGCUUAGUACUCAGUCUCCCUACGUUGAAAAUCCGCAGCUCUGGUCACCAGGAUCUCGCCAUUUGCCACGACAUAUUACGUCAUCCAUUAACCCUCCCACUACGUGACCAACCGGAGACGUUACCAUGGAUACUGACCGCUGACCAUGCGUCCGUGUUUACAGUAUGGAGAGGAGGGGAUAAAAAGGACAUUGAGGUGUAUUUUGUGCUCAAUCCCAUGUGCUGUAGGGCGAUGUUAGCCUCGGCUAAAACAUCGCAUUCAGGAAAUGUAGCAAGCCACACCGAGGCUCUAAAGGCUACACUAGAUUUUGUUCUACAUACAGAUUUCAAUCCUUUGACAAUGAAUUGCUCAAAAAAACAGGUAAAUUUAUAUACAGGGUGUCCCAAAAAAUGUGACACUAUAGAAAUUAUCCUAUUUAGUUAAAUUUGCAUGCCUGAGCACAAUGGUGAACACGAGAGUGCGUAAACAUAAUUGAAUUUUUUAAUUACCAGGCGCAUGAAAUAGAAUAGAAUAGAAUAGAAACUUUAUUUCACGAGGGAAAAUUAUUAACCGUAAAAGUUAUCUAACAUACGGCCCUCGCACUAUUUUGAUAUUUACAGGCAUAAAAAGUAUUAAGGAUUACGACUAUUUACAUUUGAGAAAAAAAUAAUUAGUAAUGAAUACAAUUACAAUUUAGUAAAUAUUUACAAUUUAUACAAAAUAGAUCUUCGAUAUGGUUAGUAAGAGUAAGCUUGUUAAGAAAGAUUCUACGAAUUUUUUGUUUGGCGUUAGUAUAUGAAGAGCAAGAGAGCAAAUCCUGUGCUUAACAACAAUAGGAUAAUUUCCAUACUGUCACUUUUUUGGGACACCCUGUAUUUGGAAAUUAAUUAUAUAAAUUCUUGUUUUUUUGUUGUUUUUAAAUUGUUGUUGUUGUCGUUGUCGUUGUCGUUGUCGUUGUCGUUGUCGUUGUCGCUAUUGUCGUUCGCUGAUGAUGUUGUUGUCGUCGUUGUUGUUACUGCUGCCGCUGUUGUUGUCGUUUGCUGCUGUUGUUGUUGUCGUUUGCUGCUGUUGUUGUUGUCGUUUGCUGCUGUUGUUAUUCGUGGCUUUCCUUGAUAUUGUUAUGCAUAAUUCAUUCCUAGGUCGAUCUUCUCUUUCAACUUUAUUCCAACGCAGUCCAGUUAACAUCUUCCGUCGGUACCGAUGCUUCAUUUAAUGAGAACGAGUCUUUAUACCCUGCGAGGUCGAUAUCUGCUACUGUAGCCAGCCAAAGUCGCACUACAAGACGAACAAAUUCAAUUACGUCAUCUUCAGGAUUCGACGUUGUCGACGACGAGUCGGUGUCUUCCGAAAGUACUCCGAAGCCCAGUGUGACGUCAUUGGAAACACCAACGGUUUGUACUCAGUGAUAAAUUAUUUUUAUCAGGGCUUAAAUGGCUGUUUAUAUAGAUAGAGAUAGAUAGUGUAUAUAUGAGCACAUCUCGGACUGACCCAGGGGCGCCCGAUCAUGAGGCGCCCGAUCAACUGGAUAAUCUUUUAAUUUUUAAGUAGUUUCAAAUCGAAAAUUUGUCCAAUAAAGUAUGAAUUUGACUUUCGUGACAAAUCUUAUAAAAGUAUACAGUGAGUUGAACUUAUAAAUGUUUUUCAGAUAUCACCUUCGCUAGUUCAUGUGUCACUCUGGGUUCAGUGGACAUUACCCAAGCUAUCGUUCAAUUUAUUUGGCAAUGACAGGGGAUCAGAUUUACGUAUUACUACGGAGAUGGAAGAUUGGUCUGCCUCGUUUGAUUAUCAGAAUGGACAUUUCAAAGCGCAGUGUAAAGUUGGCAAUCUCAGUAUCACGCAUUAUGAAAUCGGGUAAGAAAGUCGAUUAGUGUAUACUGUAGAGACGGCUAUUUGCCAAUGUGUGCCUUUUUAUCAAAUGCGAACCGUUUGCAUUUGAAAACCCCUCGGGUACUAAUUUUAAUAAUUUCUUUACUGGAAUUUACCUUUUUUUGCCUAGAUCAAAAAUUAGUCUAACAUGCAAGUUGCCUAUUGGGUAAAAACAAACGUUAGCCAAAUUUGUUUGCAUUCAGAAAAGUUCUGUGUAAAAUUUCAUCGUCUUUCAUUUAUAGGUCAUCUGGCCAGUGGACGACAGGUCCUGGUGGUGGUACCAUCUUAGCCCGCCAAGAUUCUCUUUCAAGUUCCCUUUCAAAAGUUCACGACAGCAAGAGCGAUGACUCGGAUCCAGGUCGUCAUGGUUUUUUGUACGUCGAAUAUACCGCGUCCUCAGUGAUCGUCCCAUCAUUCAAAGCGGCCUUUGAACACGAUGACGUAUUUCAAAAUUCUUUCGGUUACUCCCAGGAUGUUCACGUGACCAUACAGCCGUUUGAUUUUAUCCUGUGGUGUCCACUAUUGUACACAAUUACCACUGUGUUUCACACAUUCGCCUCGCUGCAAAGUGACUCGGUCGGGAAAUGCGAAUCUCAAGGGGUGCCCCUCCUAGACCCCGGCGUAGAAACCCAUAAAAUUUUGACCAAUUUGCCAGAGAUUAAUUUAAAACUCAGAGGAUUUCGAGUUGUUGUUCCUUCGUGUAUCGAUCCGCGCAUGUUCACGGGUAAACAAGACCACAGCAACGUUGUAAACAAUUCUGAUUUGUUUACAAUCCAAGCAACGUCUCUUCUAGUUUCGUCGCGACUCGAAAAUCCGAUAUCGCGUUUGGUGUUGGACAAAAAACUCAGUAAAGCACUGACUGCAUUCGCCCGCAGUCGUCGCGGGUCAGCAGCAGAGAGGGGUUUGGGUGAUACUCAGUAUAAGAUAGAAGUGAAAGGUCUUCGUAUUUGGUCUGGAUGCUGGGAGGAGUUAUGUCGGAUGCUGCCCAAUCAAGAUCCCAGCAGGAUAGAGAGGGAUCUCUUGGAACAGAAUCCUGCAUUGGAGUGGAAUACGCAUAGUGGGUGGGUAUCAAUACUAUCCUAUUUUAUCCUAAUUUACCCAUCACUACCAUGCUAUAUACCAACAGGGUAGAUAGGAAUCUCUUGGAACAGAAUCCUGCAUUAGAGUGGAAUACUAAUAGUGGGUGGGUAUCCAAUACUAUCCUAUCCUAUUUUAUCCUAAUCUACCCAUCACUUGCCUCCUCAAGUGUCAGAUAUUUUCACAGAAAAAUGGAUGAUCGUGCAGUCAGAAAGUGUUUUUGUCAAACUGAAAGAUUAGAAAUCUGCUUGGUUCUUGGUUUAUAAAGGCAUUUUGUGCAGAUUCUUCAGAAAUGUUUUGAAGUUUUUUUAUAAUUUGAAACAUUUUGCUACAAUCGCAAAAAUUUUUGCGCAGGAAAUUGUUUCCUUCAAAGCCAAAACCAGCACUUGUGGUGCCGUGGCCACCACGCUUGCCUUUCUAGCAGGGAGACCUAGGUUCAAAUAGACCUUUCCCCUUAUAACCAAAAUUUUGAUCUAGGCAAGUCUAGACAAAUAUUUCAUCACAGCUUGAAAGAGCAUCACAAAAUUAGUAAUAUUCCAAAGUUUCGUUGCGAAAUGUUGUAAAAUGAGGAAAAUAGAGCCUUGCGAAGUUUGCAAUUUUCAGUCAUUUUGUAUUACAAAUGGGAAAUUGAUGCCCCAACACCCGAUUGGGCUGUCAAUUUCCCGUGCAUAAUACAAAAUGACUGAAAAACGGCAAACUUCGCAAGGCUAUAUUAUCCGCAUUUUACAAGAUUUUGCAACAAAACUUUGGAAUAUUACUAAUUUUGUGAUGCUCUUUCAAGCUGUGAUGAAAUUUUUGUCCAGAUCGAAAUUUUAGUUAUAAGGGGAAAGGUCCAUUGAGGAGAAAGUGGUACCUUUACAUUGAACAUCAGUAAAUGGUUAGACUUCUCGGAUAAGGACGUUAAAAUCAUAGGCACCUCGGAUCCCCGAUAGAAAACCCCCUGAGAAAAAUCCCCUGAGAAACUCGAUAAACUAAGAACUUUACAGUCUUGUGACAAUUAUAACUCCUUUUCCAAUUUACUUUAGUCAAGAUCGUUCGAGUGCCUUGGUAAUACCAGUGGUUUCUGACUUGGAUAUAAAAUGCAUCGUUGCGCCACCUAUCUCACUCACGACGUCAAGCAAAUCACAACGUUGGAAUAAACCUAUCUUUGGUUUAUCAUUUGAAGUCAACCUUACCACUGAUGUGGAGUGUUUCAUCAGUAAAACUCAGGUAAAUUGUACCCCAGCACGUCACUUUAAAGCGCAUACACCCCUAUGCAAAUAGUUUAGCUAUAGACUAAAUUUUGAUCUAGGCAAGAAGACCAAAAUCCAUCACCACAGCUAAAAGAGCAUGUUAAAAUUAGUAAAAUUGCAAAGUUUGUCCUCGAAAUGUUUUAAAAUGCGUCAAAUAUAGCGCUGCGAAAUUAGCAAAUUUUGUAUUAAUUUGUAUCACGCGCGAGAAAAUGCACCACAUUUGGGCCAAAGUGGUACAUUCUCCCGCGCGUAAUACAAAUUAAUACAACAUUUGCAAAUUUUGUAGGGCUAUAUUUUCCCCAUUUUACAACAUUUCGUGGCAAAACUUUGCAAUUUUACGAAUUCUAACAUGCUCUUUGUAUAGCUGUGGUGAUGGAUUUUGUUCUUCUUGCCUAGAUCAAAAUUUAGUGUAUAGCUGAAAUUGUCUAUUUUUUGCUAGUCAGUCAAAUAUUGUUGUCCAUUGUUAAUUUUCCAACUGGCAAUAAAUUCCGCUGCGAGCCUUAAACGGGAUGCGUUGUAAAGAAGAGCAAUAACAUUGUCUACCGAAAGUUAGGAACACUUAGUACCUCCACAAUAAGUGUUUGUCCUGUGUUAAGCCGGUUUUCCACUUGCGAAUUUCUUUCCGCGAAGCGAAUUUUUCUUUUGUCUUUUUCUAUUAUUUCCAGAUGGUUCCAGUUGAGUGACCAAAGACAAAUGAAAAAUUCGCGCAAAAAAAUCCGCAAGUGGAAAACCGGCUUUAAUAUUUUUUUUAUCUGCGUUUGUCUGUGUUUGGUUACAUUAUUUCAUGACAGAUAGAUCUCAUCAAAUUAAGUUUUACCUUCGAUAUCCUGUAAAUAGUAUACAUUAUUUGAUUUUGUACCUUAGGUACAGCUCAUGCAAACUAUUCUCAAAGAAAACAUUACGAACAGCGGUUUGUCCAACGAUGACGUCACCAGUGACGUAACUACUGACACUCCAACCGCUUUUUCCCAUCCGCCACGAGUAGCUGCGCCCGAGGAGAAACUGGACAGCGGUUGUGGCAGUGAAUGCUCCCAUAAAAACCGCCACGUGAUUAAGUCCCGUGACAGCAAGCCCGAUGUCCAAGAGAUGGAAUGUCUCGCCACUGCCGGGGGGUUAUCUGUGUUUGUCUACGAACAUUCUACGACGGGGGAGGCGUGGACUCAGUUGGUUCCAGUAGUACGUGUGUCCCUUAUACAACCAGCUUUUAAUUGUACAAGGCGUGCAGACAGUGAUACGAUUCAAAUUUCAUGUUUUGAUAUAUCUCUGGCUAAAUGCAAGUCCAACACGAGGAGUGCAGGUGCGUGUCUUUGUCGGUUGUGCAUUCUAGUUAAAGCCAAAUUGCUUUCUUAUGUGUAACCCAAUACACCCCUCCGGUAAAUGCCCAGUCCUGGCUAUACAGUGUGUCCCAAAAAAAAGGUUACCCUUUGAAGUCAAGCGUUAGUGCCGCAUGUUCGAAUUUGAAUGCUUUAACUCCCUAAUGAGCCCUGGAAUGCGUAAGACGUUAUAGCAGAGCAUUUUUAUGCAUGCAUUGCAAAUUAAUUGAAAUUUGUUCCGCUAAAAUAACACAGAAUGGAAUGCAUGAAUAUACAUGUAUAACGUUUUACGCAUUCCAGGGCUCAUUAGGGAGUUAAAGCAUUCAAAUUCGAACAUGCGGCACUAGCGCUUGACUUCAAAGGGUAGCCUUUUUUGGGACACACUGUACCAGUGUGUAUACAAAAACCUGCAAACACUAUAAUUUGCAUAAUUCUGCUGCUUAAUAGCAUUUCAUUGUCUGUGCUACUUAUUUUGCUCCUGGGAUUUGAAAAUACAUUCUAAUUAACCGCGCUGAUAGAAAUUAGAAUAACACAAAAUUAUUUGUAAUGUAGAAAACUAAUUAUUAGUUCGUCUGCGAAUGGGUCAACUAUUGUGUUUACGCACGCUUGGAAUCAAUUAGUUCUGCAUCAUGCAAAUUAUAAAAACAUCGUAUUUCAAAGGGUUUGCACAUUUUUAUAUACAGGGUGUCUAAAAAAGUAAUACUUAGAAAUCACCCUUUUGUUGUAAACACCCAAAUUUUAUUACCUCUGGGAGUUUAGAAUACGUUGUAAUCGUACGAGCAUAUUAAAACCCACCCCUGGCCAAAACCUUUACAAAAGGAUACUAUUCAGUUGCCACACACGUCCUUUACCACUUCUGUUACAUGAGUUUGAUAACUGCUCGUGCAAUUUUAUGCAGUCAAAAUUUUCAUGUUGUCCGCACAUGUACUUUCUACACCACUCCUGACAAAUCGGACUUCUGACAAAUCGGACUCCUGACAAAUCGGACUCCUGACAAAUCGGAAAAUGAUCAACAUAGUCCUAUUUUAUUACCCAACCCUUAAGUUGUUUUGUUUUUGUAUUUACCCAACCUUUUACUCACUGGUAAUUUUGUUUUUCAAAGGUUGUGUUAGUCCCCCUAAACAACGAAAUAUGUAAAAAAAAAGGGUUUCCUCUGUUAUAGAUAACACUCAACUGGUGCCCUCGGCACAGGAUUAUGAUGUCAUUUGGUUUCGUACUGGAGAUGGCAGUCCAGACAAACAUACUGAGCUCGCACCUGCAUUCGCGAACUUCACAUGCAAGCUAUAUCCAUCUUCACCUGGUAAUUAUUUUGCAAAAUUCAUUUAGAAAUCGUUUCCGUUCUUUCAAUUUCUAAACUCCCAAGAAAGUUGUUAUACUGGUUAGAUCUAUAAUAAAAGUUCAAAAUUGACACUCGAAAUUGUAAAAAAAAUUGUGAUUCUUAACCAUUGAGAAAAAUGUGGAAUCUAUAAACAAACUUAAUAUUUUAUCGUUUCUAGCUGAUCUCAAGUUAGACUUUGGCAGACCGAUCUGGAUUGAUGUUGACCUAGGACUGUUAGAAAGACUACAAGACUUCUCCACUGAUCUCAAUAUGCAAGAAACGAAACUGGACAAUGAGCAUCAAACUAGUUCAGAAUCCGACGUGAUGAAUAUUGUUCGUUCUGUGGCUAUAUCAACAGAUUAUGUUGCAAUUACCGCGACUGCUGGUCAGGACAUGGAGAUCGAUCCCGUAGUUAAAGUGUCAUGUUCGUCUAUGAAUCUUGGUGUCAGCCUCAAAGCCGAUGAACGCGAAGGUAAUAGUGUAUGGGCGAAGAUUUUCUGUUAUGUUUCCCUAAAUAGUAUAGGUAAUGAAUGAUUCCAGUAAAAGACGAAAUUUUGAUCCAGACAAGAAGAACAAAAUCUAUUACCAUCGCUGGAAAGAGCAUCUUAAAAUGAGUAAAAUUGCAAAGUUUGGUUGCGAAAUGUUGUAAAAUGAGGAAAAUAUAGCCAUGUGAAGUUUCGCAAAUUUUGAAUAUAUUUGCAUAACGCGCGGGAAAACAGGGCGCGAAAUAACGGCUGGAGGGACGCCGGUCAAGGUGACCGGCCAACUCAAUUUUAGCUCGGACAUACCGUAUUUCUGGCCGGUCAUAUUAUUCAGCUUAAAGCAAAGCCUAGUAAAGUAUAUCCCUAAAAAUGUGACUAUUUUCCCAUAUAGCAUUACAAAAAGCCUUACUGUAAUCAGUAAUUAAAAAGUCCUUCACAUAAAACAACUUGCACUGUACUAACUAAUAAUUAACUCUUAAGCCAAAAGCAUGGCCAUGGGCUUUAAUUGUGACGUACUGCGUGGGAAAACUGGCGUACAUUGCAUUUAUUUUCCCGCAAGAUAUUGGACAACAUGUUAUGGUUCUUAAUUAUAAUGCUUGACAACUUUGUUUUGAUUAUUAAUUCAAAUGAAGAUUAGUUGUUUGUUCUUUUACCAAAAGUAAUCGGUCAAAAUGACCGGCAAGGUAAGAAUUUGACCGGACAAUUUCGCAUUCUGGCCGGACAUUGUCCGUUGACCGGCCGUUAUUUCGCGCCCUGGAAAAUAACCAUUUUUGAGCCGAAAGUGCUUAUUUUUACCGCGCGUAAUGCAAAUAUAUGCAAAAUUUGUGAACUUCACAGGGCUAUAUACAGUACAUUUUCUUCAUUUUACAACAUUUAGCAACCAAUCUCUGCGGUUUUACUCAUUCUAAGACGCUCUUUCUACAGUAGCUGUGGUGUUGGAUUUCGUUCUUCUUGCCUUGAUCAAAACUUAGUCUAUAGCCGGAAUCACCCACUGUAAGUAUACAAAGUGUCGCGCACUUAUUUCAAUGUGAUCUGUGUGAUGCGGAUUAUAUAGAUUAAAUGACACGAUUUCUGCCAGAGGGCCUGUAGUUGUAUUUUUUUUUGCAAAACUGCUCCUGGUUAGAUCUAAUAAAUGUGUAUUAUUAUACGGCAAGCAUUUGUUUUGAUGAAUCGCGCAAUUUGAUUGGCUUCUGAUGAGGCAGGAUUUUCCCACGCAAUUUUUUUGCCCCGCGACAAGAGCCGAGUUUCAAACGGAAAAAAGUGUCUAAAAGUCUUUCAAAACUAUUCAAAACGAAGAAAAAUAAACCUAAACUAAAGAAAAGGAGCACCUUCUUUGGUUAAAGAACUUUCUCAAUAUGUUUUUGUUAGCGAAAGUCGAAAUUACAAGGUAAAUUUUACAAUGUUUAUAACUAUUACUGUCGUUCCAAUUGAAGUGUUGCUAAAAUAUUGAUUCAAUACAUUACCUCGGGCUGACCAAUUCAUUUGAUCAAGUUCCUCGAGAUAUUCAUACACUUCCUGUGAAAGAGCCAAUUCCAAGUAUUUGAUCAUUUCUGGUCACUUCCUUUCUAUUUAUGAUUGGUUAGUUGCACAAACAACAAAGGUGAUUGGUGCAUUCAAACUAUUCAACAGGAAGUUUACAAUUAUACUAGGAAGUUUAUGAAUAUCUCGAGGAACUUGAUCAAAUGAAUUGGUUAGCCCGAGGUAAUGUAUUGAAUCAAUAUUUGAGCAACACUUCAAUUGGAACGACAGUAAAGAAGUCAGGAAUAGCUGUGUUUUGACUUUGUGAAGAGCUGCAAAUCUUAUUUGCAGAUAGCCGAGGAAUUUGACACCAUCCUAAAUAAAAAAUACAACUAAAGCAGCCACAGAUUUAUAUUUUUUCCCUGAAAAUUUCUGUUUUUUUUCGAUAAAAAGAGAUAUAUUUAUGAGAUGAAGCGAACUAAAACCGUACUUGUCCAUACUGUUUAUUAAUUUUAUUGUUUCAUAUUUGUUGUCUUUGUCUUUGAUUAAAUGACGAAAUACCUCGUAUUUUUCUUGAAAUACUAUCCAACUGUGUUAGUAUUCUAUAUAAAAAGUGCUGUAGAGUAGUUUUACUAACCAAGCUUGAGAACAUUUUUUACAAUUGUUCUUUUUUGCAAAUGUUUCGGACUUUGUACUUUGCCCUCGCGUGACCUUUUUUACCCAUUUUUUACAAACGUACAAUGCCAUAUAAUAUAAAACUUACUGACCUCAACCGUUCGGGCAGUACGGGAAAAUAUCCAACCUCGGUCUUGCUGUAUUGACCUCGCUAUCGCUCGGUCAAUACAGCAAGACCUCGGUUGGAUAUUUUCCCGUACUGCCCUCACUCUCGGUCAGUAAGUUAUUAAAAUUCCACUCGAAAUUUGCCAUCUACAAAGACCUUCGACACAGGGAAGGCCGUGUUGCAGGGGUGGAAAAAGUAUCGGACCAUGGGACCAUUGGUCCCAGAAAAUUGUUUGAGUUCCCAGAAAAUAUUUGCAAGAAAGAAAAAAAGAUAAUUGUAGAAACUUAGACAAAGGGAGAAAUUCAGAGGACACAUUCUGCCCAGAACCCAAUAGAAAGAAUGUUACCUACAGGUACUGUAUGUAUGACCUCAGAAAUGCUAGUAGAAGCACAUCUAUCUUACUAGUGCAAUAGUGGAUAAAUGUAGAGACUAUAGAAUGAUGUAACAAAUGUGAUAUGGCAAAUGUAUUUUUAGCCAAUUUGAGACACCUGAUUUUCAAAAUUUUCUGGGGCACCAUGCUUGCAGACCCCCCUAGUAGUGCCCAUUUUUUGGCAUCUGUAAAUUUACCUUAGGAUCAGUCCCCGGAUGUGUGUUAUCUAAAUUAGUUUUAUGUUAUAUACGUUAAAUAUAUAGCAUGACAUUAAGUUUGACAACUUGUUAGUGUUACACAGUUACAGUGUGCGAGUGUCGAUUGACUUGAUUAUUCGCAGAAAAUGUUUCAAUGUUCUCUUGUGGUCCCAGAAAGUGAAAUAAUUUUUCCACCCCUGCCGUGUUGGCCGUGUUAUCACGGCCAAAAAUGGAAAAACACGGCUAGAUAAAAUGAACGCUGCUUCAUUAUUUAUAUAAGGCCGUGUACGUUCAUAAAAUAAGAUGGUGCUACUUACAACAGACAUAAUUUCUUUCUAUUUACGUCAUAAGAAAGUUUGUAAAAUCUAUUGUUGUUGUUGAAAUUAGCAAAAGUGAUCCGUGAUGUUUUAAUGUUUUGAUGGAUAAUGGUAACCGUAUGGUGUUAAAGUGGUUUUAAGUUUUAAAUACCCCCAAGAGUUGCUGAAAUAACUUAAUGUCUUAAUGUCAGUGCGCAAUAUGAGUAUAUGUUCGCCUUGUAUUUGGUUGCAAAGCAUAGAACAACCACAGGCAUUGUCCGUUGUUGUAGAACCGUGAAUUUGGAUAUGCAAGGUAAUUGACAUGUGCACACCCUGGUUAUUUAGAAACACGCCCAAGAUCUAAAAUCCUAGCUAAGACCCUGCUUCGACAUCAGUUGUAUCAAGUGAGAUGCACCCAUACACCUUACAUUGGCAUGUCCUCAGUAUUUAUACAUGAACGUGUGGUUAGAGCUCGACAACUGUCUCUCUGUAGCUCAGUUGGUUAGAGCGCUGCACCAGAAUCACAGGACCACAGGUUCGAUUCUCGCCAAUGGUUGCACUUUCCGCAACGACUCCUGAUUAGAUCUAAUACAUCUUAAAUCAUUCUACUCGAGAUUUCAACACAGAUUUUGGACUUGUAUUUUUUUAGAUUUUUGUCAACGUAUAGCGGCAAACCUUCAUCUCUGUGCCAUCACUAUAGCAACAAGUAUUGAUGAUAAACUACGUUCUUUUCUACUUCCGUACGAUGCGUCCAUAGAUUUGGAAUUGUUCUGUAGUUCACCAUCAAUUUCUCAAGAUACGUACUGGUAA